UCAGAUUCACUGACAACAAGAGAAGAAUAAAUAUAUAAACCACCGUGACAGUUUCAGCCAUGACGGAGAGAGACACACAGACUCUCCCACCACAAGCACCCACCAUGUCCCAACAGUUUCUGGAGGAGACAUCAUCAACGUCCCACAGACAUCCUGGCCACGCCCACCACCGGAAGGCCGCGAGGACGAGAGCAAACAAGUUGCUGACGUCACCAGAGUGCCGGAGAAGCCCCGCCCCCCGACCUAGUUCGCCAUCGAUCUUUCAGAUGUUGAUAGUGUUGUUGUUUGUUGUUCUUGCUCUCUACGCACCGCCUGUUUCCGGCCAGGUGAACUUCAACACGUUAGUCCCCGAGGUCACAGGGGACACCCCUCCCUUCGAGGAGCUAGUGGACAGGACCUUUCUCUGCUCCGUCCGAACUACACAUACGUUGAGGUCAGGUCAAACGGCCUUGACCUGGUCACGUGACAACGGGCUGCCCCAGCCCAACACUGUCGUUCCAUCAUCACGUAACAUAGGAGGG